GAAGACCUGCCUAUUGAAUAGAUGUACAUGUACGAACUAAUUGAUAGCCAUUGAUUCAAUAGAAAUUACCAGGCUAUUAGAAAAGAGCAGUCGAUUGAAUAAAUGUCCAUGUACGUUCUAAUCCUUAGCAAUGUAUUCGAUAAAAAAUAACCAGGUCAUUAGACAGGACCUGUCUAUUAUAUAAAUGUACAUGUACAAACUAAUUGAUAGCCAUUGAUUCAAUAGAAAUUACCAGGCUAUUAGAAAAGAGCAGUCGAUUGAAUAAAUGUACAUGUACGUUCUAAUCCUUAGCAACGUAUUCGAUAGAAAAUAACCAGGUCAUUAGACAGGACCUGUCUAUUAUAUAAAUGUACAUGUACAAACUAAUUGAUAGCAAUGUAUUGGAUAGAAAAUAACCAGGUAGUUAGACAGGAGUUGUCUAUUAAAUAAAUGUACAUGUACAAACUAAUUGAUAGCAGUUUAUUUCAUAGAAAUUUCCUGGUAAUUCAGGAAGAGCUGACUAUUGAAUAAAUGUACAUGUACGAGCUGAUUGAUAACAAUUUGUUCAAUAAAUGUUACCAGGCUAUACCGAUCUUUUGGUCCAUUAUGACGAAUAAGGGUGAGGAAUGCUAUUUGAGAGUUUUUAAUUUUAUUAAAGAGAAAUUUCCAUCUUUUAACCCUAAGACCUACAUGUCCGAUUUCGAGAUUGGCAUGCAUAAUGCUGUGGAAACUGCAUUUCCAGAUAUUGAUGCUAAUCACUGCUAUUUCCACUAUGCUCAAGCAAUCAACAAAAACGCAAGGGACUUAGGGUUAAUAAAUAAAACAACCAUUAAAGUCACGACACACCCCGAAAUCUAUGUGACUAUAAAGCAGCUAAUCGCAUUGGCUUUGUUACCACCCAAAUUGAUUAUAUCAACUUUUAAUAACUUAAAAGAAGUGGUGACGCAGGAUUUUGGACAGCGAUUUGAUCGUUUAUUCGAUUAUUACGAGCGAUUUUGGAUAAAAACGAUUAAACCUCGAGGAUUUUCAGUAUACAAUUUGAGAGAGGACAAAACUGACAACUAUGAAGAAUCUUACAAUAGAAAUUUAAAUGAUUUACUAAAAAAAAACCCGCAUCCCAAUCAAUUUAUAGAAGUAAUAAAGUACUUGGCAUUAGAUGCCAGAGUGAUUAGGAAUUCAAUAAAACUGAAUAAAUAUAUCGCAAGAAGACCAAUCACACAAAGGACGGAAAAAAAGUUAGAAAUGGAAGAUUUUUGGGACAUGUUGGACGAAAAAAUUGAAAAUGUAGGUGAAGAUAAUAUCAACGGGUUAGAGUUAAUCAAUGGACUGAGUUCUAUCCAACAUCUUCGACUUUUGGAACAGGAAAUAAUGUUAAAAGAGAUGGACAAAAUCCUAAAAUAAAUAAAUAAACAAUAUAAUAUUGAGUAAUAUCAAUACCCUACGUAAAAAAUCCCAUAGAAUCUACUUUGAAAGGUCAAAAACCGCAAAGAAACC